AAUCCACUGGGCCGUUAGAACGAGCUAGAGAGAAGCGUCCUCUCGUCACGCCAUGAGAGCCGCUUGCUUCUGCUUGUCCUUCACCGCUGCCUCUCCCCCCCUCCCUUCCACCUCCACCGCUGCCUCGAGCCCACGCUGUCAGAGUCACGCCUCCUACCGCCGGUCCCAGCCACGCCAUAGCCGCGGCGGGGUGGUCCGGGCCCUCCACGAGCGGCUGCUAGAGACACCAACCCCCGCACCAGCGGAGACCGAGGUCGAGGAUGAGAGUGGUGUCGGUGAGAUAGAAGACGGCGGUGAACGGGAGGGAAGAGAUGGGCAGGCUGAUAUUGUGGGCCCGUCGGAGGCCCAGGAGCAGCCGAAGAGCAGGCGACGACAGCAGCAGGAGGAAGAGGAUGCCACGGCGGAGCGCGCCCGGUUCAAGCUCAUCAACGGCAAAGAGAUAUUUCAAGAGAAGACCUACCUAGUUGGAGUCGAGUGCAAGAGGGCCGCAAGAGAUAACUUCAGCAUAGAGGAAUCGCUCAAGGAGCUUGAGCAGUUAGCUGAUACUGCUGGGCUCAUGGUUCUCGGAUCGACCUAUCAAAAGCUUUCAAGUCCAAAUCCAAGGACUUAUAUUGGUUCAGGGAAGGUUGCUGAAAUUAGGAGUGCAGUUCAGGCCCUUGAUAUUGAGACUAUAAUUUUCGAUGAUGAGUUGUCUGCUGGACAGCUGCGUAACUUGGAGAAGUCCUUUGGUGGAGGUGUUCGAGUCUGUGACCGGACUGCUCUUAUUCUGGACAUUUUUAAUCAAAGGGCAGUGACACAUGAAGCUGCUCUGCAGGUCACCCUGGCACAAAUGGAAUAUCAACUUCCUAGGUUGACAAAACUGUGGACUCACCUUGAGCGGCAGUCGGGAGGCCAAGUCAAGGGUAUGGGUGAGAAACAAAUUGAAGUUGACAAGCGCAUCUUGAGAACACAAAUAAGCACUUUGAGGAAGGAAUUGGAGUCUGUCCGAAAACAUCGAAAGCUUUAUCGCAACCGUCGACGGUCGGUGCCUAUUCCUGUUGUUUCUCUGGUGGGAUAUACAAAUGCUGGAAAAAGUACACUCUUGAACCGCUUAACUGGAGCUGAUGUGCUCGCUGAGGAUAAAUUAUUUGCCACACUAGACCCAACAACACGGAGGGUGUUGAUGAAGAGCGGCACUGAGUUCCUCCUAACAGAUACUGUCGGGUUCAUUCAGAAGCUACCCACUAUGCUGGUGGCAGCAUUUAGAGCAACACUGGAGGAGAUAUCAGAAUCAUCAAUUAUUGUUCAUCUUGCAGAUAUCAGCUGCCCUGGCCUUUUCGUCAACCCUCUCCAUCUUGUUCUGUGCAUUCCUCAGACUGAACCGAAGAUUUUCUUCAGUGACCGGGGGAGGAGCAGGGAUCAUUUCAAUAUCCCCCUCCAUAUCAGGAAACUCCACUCUAUAUUCAUUAUUUUUGGCCGUCUUGGCCUCCCCAACCACCUUCUCAACCUGCUGAUUUUUUUUCACAAUAUCAGAGAAUCUAAAAACAAGGUCGUGUGUUGUGACUCAUCAGAUUCCACACUCUCCUGCGACUCCCGAAUAGGGUCCUGUUUUUCCCCCUGGGGAAUGCAGGGAGAUUUCCCUCCAAGCCCAGUGGAAAAACUACCCAGGAUCCCUCACCAGAAUCUGAUCCACUUCAGAAAAGAAAUCAUAAAAAUGAUCACCAAGCACAGCCUCUGCGACUGCAGGAAUCUCCUCCACAUUUCUACAACCAAUCCGGACCCUGACAGAUGCCGGACGGUGCAAGAUUGACAAUACCGAUAACCCAUUGAGAGUGAAGGAGGAAGCCGAGAAACAAGGGAUAAUCUGCAUAUCCGCCAUGAAUGGUGAUGGUUUGGAAGAGUUCUGCAAUGCAAUCCAAG